CGCGGCGCGGGCGGCAGGUGGACAUGCUGACCUAGGGGCUGACCCCCGGCCCCGUGCCCAGCUGCUGUGUCACAGAAGCUCAGAGUAUUCUGAGCUGAAAGGGACCCACAAGGAUCAUCAAAGACCAACUCCUGUGCCCCUGGACAGCAGCCACCCCGACAAUGGACGCGGCGAAGAGGAAUAGUUUCCCCAGCAUGAACUUUGAAGCAGAGAUUCUGACAACUCCACACGAUAAUUCAGAGCUGUAUACGAUCCCUUCCAUGAGAAGUCUCACAGCUGAGGAGUAUGUGGAGGCUUUUAAGACAUUUUUGGAUCAUUCAACAGAGCACCAGUGCAUGGAUGAGUUCAACAAGGAACAACUGCCCAACAUCAUGGCUGGUCUUGGCCAUGGAAAAUCGACUAUAAAUGUUCUGGGAGUUGGAAGUGGCACAGGUGAGCAGGAUUUGAAAAUGAUCAGGAUACUGCAGGCUGUGCACCCAGGGGUCCUUAUUGACAACGAAAUCGUAGAGCCCAAUCCGCAGCAUGUGGCAGCUUACAAAGAGUUGGUGAAUCAAGCUCCAGACCUGCAGAAUGUCUCUUUUAUUUGGCACCAGCUCACUUCCUCAGAGUACGAACAGCAGGUGAAAGAGAAAGGCACGCAUAAGAAAUUUGACUUCAUCCAUAUGAUCCAGAUGCUGUACCGUGUGGAGGAUAUUCCCAAUACUAUCAAGUUUUUCCACAGCUGCCUCGACCUUCAUGGUAAACUCCUGAUCAUAAUUUUGUCUGACAGCAGCGGGUGGGCCAGCUUAUGGAAGAAGCACAGGGACUGCCUGCCUUCCACUGACAGCGGCCACUACAUCACCUCCAGCGGCAUCACGGAUGUCCUGAAGAGACUCGGAGUCGAACACCGCGUGUACGAGUUCCCGUCGGGAUGGGAUAUCACCGAGUGCUUCGUUGAGGGGGACGCGGUUGGCGGCCUCAUGAUGGAUUUCCUGACGGGGACAAAAGACUUCCUGGGCACGGCGCCACCGGCGCUGAGGCAGCGGCUGCGGGAGGCCCUGUGCCAGCCCGAGUGUAGCAGCACCAAGGACGGCAGGAUCAUCUUCAGCAACAACCUGAGCAUGAUCGUGGUGGAGUCCUAAAGCCGGACUGACUGCAGAGGACAAACUGGGGUGGGGAUGGGGGUGAUGCAGUCACAGGAAUGUGUAGCAUAGAAAGAAGAUGACUCGCAGGCAAGAAGGCAAGAAAGUGGGGCUCAGCUGCAGCCUACCACUGCCAGCCAGUGCCAGCAGAGCUGCCCGCCACACUGGGACGAGUUCCUUGUCCUGAUGAGGUCACCAGGUCCAAGAUUACACCCUGGCUACUUAGUCCAUCCCUAGGAGAAUAUUUUCCAGAAAGUAAAGAGCUCCAUCUCCCUAAAAGCCUACAUGGACUUGUUUUUUCACAGUAAGCAUCCUGUCUGUGCUUCCAACACUGGGACUUCCACUUUUCUAUGUAGACAGGAUGUUUACAUAUCUAAAGAUGGGUCUGUAUGACCAGGGGUUGCUUUGCAGCCAGGAGGAGGCUGCAGCCCUUGUGCUGGCCGUGUACAGACCCAAUGCUUCCAUUUGUGCUGGACAAAACCAGCAAGAUAUCCCAGCUGCUUUGCACCCGGACCUGAACUGUAAGUUGCUCUGCAUUAGGGUAUUUCACAUGGUUUUGUCAAUGUAAGUAUUUACUACCCCAAGCCUCUCAGCAUCUUGCAAUAUGGACAUGUCUUAAAAAUUUAUCAGCCUUUUUAUUUGGAGAAUAUUUCAGAUCCCAGGAUGAUCCUUGCCACAUGUUCUUUCAGGUAGAUAUUAAUUUUGUUACUUUCUUACUACAGUUUGUCUCCAUAUAAAAUAAAAGCAAUCUUAAACCAAAAAAAGUCACAUCUUUUUCUGCACAUAUGAGCUUACAGAAAAUGAAGAGCAAAGAGGUUAUUUAGUUAAAAACAAAAAAUAUGCAAAAUACCAUUUUAUGAGAGCAUUAAGGAUUUCUUGUAAGUGAGAAAGAUGAGCCUGGGGAUGUGGAAGAGCUGUGAGUGAGCUGCAGCUUGUCCUUGUGCUGCAGCCCUGGGAGGCAGCCUGUGUCUCAUUGCUACAGCACAGCAAAACAGUACCUAUAGUACUCAAAUAUGGUGUAUGUGGUUAAGAUGUUAAUAUAGGUGAGAUAAGACUAUUACCACAGGGUCCUGAGCUGUUUGGGGGGCUGAAAGAGGUGCUGCCAGAGGAUGCCAGGGAGGUUUGGCUCUGCAUUUAGUGCCUUAGAGCAGUGCAGACCUUGGAUUGACCACACGGGGAAAAGCUGCCUGCAGCCACGCCAGGCUCACUGCAAAGAGGUCUCAGGGCAGGAAACACCAGCUUAGAUGGAAAAUACCUGCAGGCACAGAGCCCAUCUCUAUGAACUGAUUUUUCCAUGCUUAACCUGGAUAACACACACCUGUGUGCACCUGAAGGGGCUCAGGUACCGCUGCCUUCUUGAUGUCUGGUAUGGAUCAAAUGGCUUGUUCCAGCAUCAUGAACACAUGGGUCAGCACAAUGGCUUGCAAAACAUUAGAUGUCAUUGUCAUCCAGAGCCCUGCUGGUGCUGCUAAACCCAUCCACCCCCCAUUCACUGGCCAUCUGCCCAGACGCAGUUACUGCCAGGAGUAGCAUCACACCGUCUGAAAAGGUAACGAGCCCAUGGAGUCACUGUAGCUCCAUUCUGUCCUUUGCUCUUUUGGGGUAUAUUUUUUAGGUUGGGUUUGGUUUAUAUCAUAUCUUUUUGAAGUGCAACCAUUUCUCCUGAAACUCCUGUAAGGGAAAAAAAGAGAAAAGUAUUGGGAAAACAGUAGCAUAAUAUCUCUCUGGCAGUACUGCAGCACCCUGGUCUGUAGGUACUGUUGCUGUUAUUUCAAGAAACAUCGAUCAAAACUAGACAACCUCCUCCAGAGGAAUACCUGUGCACCAUCCCUGUGCACAAGCUUUUCCCUUUGAUCCAUUCUAUUUGUUCUAUAGGCAUCUCCUUUGCUUGUGCUGGCUCCCAGCACUGGGCAGGGAGUGUACAGCUGGGCUGUUGGGCAGGCUCUCAGCACUGCUCCCAUUCAUGUUCUCCUUCCACUAUGGAGUCCUGUGGUUUACUCCCAAGCGAUAGUGAUGUCUCUGGUUUCUAUCUAGAAAGGAAAAACAAAAUGUACCCCAAACCAGGCUUGCUUUUCAAGUUCCAAAGAACAAUCUGUCUGUUAAUCUUUGCAGGAAUUUGGCACAGUCCAAAUUCCCCCAGAUCUUCCCCAACCCAAAAGGUUUUUCAUCCCUCCUUGGAGUUUCCUGAGCAGGCAGACACAUUUCCAAUAAGCAGAUACUCAGCAAAACCCAUCUGUGAGCACAAUAUUUACCCACACCAUUGUAAAUCAAUGUGCAAAUGCUCAGAAGAAAAGGAGCACUUCAAAGCAGACUGUUUAGCGACAGCCUGGAGAGAUGAAAUAGGACACCCCAUUAAAAACACGGCUGCUUAGUGCUUUAUCUGUAUUUUUUCUUUUGAUUCUUCAAAAGCAAGUAAUUUAUCAACGACUCUGCUUGUACACCUGGAAUAAAUAGCAUCCUAAGUGUCUGUUCCA